CACCUAUGCAAAGAGAGAGAAGAGUUUGCCUAUGUACACAUUAAUGCUGUCCUAGUCUGUUUGAGUUUAAAAGACCGUUUCAGCUGCCUGGUUUGCACUCUGGGAGCCAUCAUGGAGAGAGCUGUGGUGCAAAUCACCCUCUUUGGGCUGCUGCUGGCUUUGGUUACCACAAUCCCAAACAAGGAUGACUGGGACAUCUACAGUUUUCACAUCAACUCCACAGUGAGCAGUCGAUAUGCCACCACUGUCAUUACAAGCCGCGUGGCCAAUCGUAUGAACGAACCAAAGGAAAUAGUAUUCCAAGUCCGGAUUCCCAAGAAUGCCUUCAUCAGUAAAUUCAGAAUGUUUAUAGAUGGGCAGGUGUACGAUGGUGUUGUGAAAGCUAAGGAGCAAGCUCAGCAGCAGUACACUGAGGCUGUGUCCCGUGGCCAAAGUGCUGGGCUUGUCAGUUCCGUAGGGAGGACCCUGGAGGAAUUUAAGACCUCCGUGACUGUGGCUGCUCACAGUAAGGUGACUUUUGAACUCACAUAUGAGGAGCUGCUGAAACGCAGGCUUGGCAAGUACAAGCUGCAAAUCCAUGUUCGCCCCAUGCAGCCUGUCAAAGACUUCAAGGUUGAUGUGUGGAUUCAUGAGAAAGCUGGCAUCAAUUUUAUUGAUGUUAAAGGAGGACUAAGCACCAAAGCCCUGGCUUAUGCCAUCACCAAAACACAUGUAGACAAACAGGCGUGGGUGUUUUUCUACCCCACAGAGGCCCAACAGAAAACGUGUGACAGCUGUGGAAAGCACGGUAUGAAUGGAGACCUGGUUAUUGUUUAUGACGUCAACAGAGACACCUCACUGGGAGACAUCAAGAGAUCAGAUGGGUACUUUGUCCAUCACUUUGCUCCAUCUAGUCUUCCCCGCAUACCAAAGAAUGUUGUCUUUGUUAUCGAUCAAAGUGGAUCCAUGUAUGGCAAAAAGAUACAACAGACAAGAAGAGCAUUAAUCCAUAUCUUGAGUGACCUGGCAGAAGAUGACUAUUUUGGUCUCAUAUCUUUUGAUAGCACCAUUUUUCACUGGAGACGAGAACUUGUUCAUUCAAGCAAGGAAAACCUGGAAAGUGCCAAACAAUUUGCAAAUGAUAUUGAGACUAGAGGAGCCACAGACAUUAACGAAGCAGUGUUGGAAGGAGCGCGUAUGCUAAACACACAUCCCAGAGAAGGUUCAGCGUCUAUCCUUAUACUUCUCACUGAUGGAGACCCCACCACAGGGGUGACAAAUCUCGAAACAAUACAGUCAAAUGUAAGAAGGGCCAUUUCGGAAAAAUUCCCGCUCUACUGUCUUGGAUUUGGUUUUGAUGUCAAUUUUGACUUCCUUAAGAGGAUGUCGCUGCAGAACAAUGGUGUAGCACGACGAAUUUAUGAGGACUCAGAUGCUGAUUUACAGCUGAAGGGUUUCUAUGAGGAGGUGGCCACUCCUCUGUUGAUAGAUGUGACAAUGAUCUAUAUGGGUGGGACCAAUCUAACCCAGACUAACUUCAGCCAGUAUUAUAAUGGCUCUGAGAUUGUGGUGGCCGGUCAGAUCACUGACAACAACAUGGAAACCUUCAUCCCACAAGUUGUGGCCAUUUCAGGGACUAGAAGGAUGAUGUUUUCUGAAACAAACGCCACUGUGGAGUCCACUGGAACAGUGUCUGACAGCCACAUCCAGAGGGUUUGGGCCUACCUCACAGUCAAACAGCUUUUGGAGCAAGAGCUGCAGUUACCUGAACUCGAGAAGGAGAAAGUGAAGAAAGAGGCCUUGGAGCUGUCACUGAAGUACAGCUUCGUGACCCCGCUCACAUCCAUGGUGGUCACCAAGCCUCCAGGGGAGAACACAGAUGUGCUCCAUAAACCCAAGGAAGGCGAAGCUCCACAGCUGAAAGGUUCCGCAGGGCCUGGUCAAACCAUGUUACAUAUGGCGUUUGUUCAAGGGACAAGUUUUAAUGCAAGACGUAGUCAUACUCCUGUGUUGGAUAGUGACCCUCCUGCAGUUCAAAGAAGAAGAAAAUUGAAAAGCCCUGGUCAUCACCGGCUAUUAUUAAAUAGUCCGCCAAUAUUUUUUCAUGAUACAGCUUCUGUUCCUGGAAUAUUCCACGACGCUCUUGAUCCGGAUUAUUCUGUGGACAAUUAUGAAAACAUCGAGGUUCCCACCCUACUGCCAGUCAAAGUAGCUACUGUUCCUCUUUUGCACAGGUUUUUGCUAAAAACUGAGAAUCAGUCUCUUCCACUAUGCUUCGAUGUCACUGGAAAUAUCCGCCUUAAACUACUUCACUCUCCCAGCAGGGAGCUGUCUGUGAACGGUGAGCUUGAUUCAUUAGCAAAUGGAGGCUUCAAAAAGAUCGUCAUCCACUUCAAGACUGACCAGUAUGUUGAGGUUGACACCGAUGCAAUCUUUGUACGAGAUGGCCAGAGCGUGACAAACCUCAGUGGAGACGAUCUCACCACAGCAGGAAGUGUGACAGUGAUUAAGCGGAACAAGGAAGUAGAUAUUGCAGUUGGAGACAUACGCAUUGUCAUCAUAACUCAUGAGAAGGAUGGUGAAGAAUUUCUGUGGCCGGUUUUAAGACAGCAGCCAUCUGGCGACAACACUGAAGGAAUUUUAGUUCUAAAGCCAGCAGUUUAUGAGGAGGUGCAGCAAACUCCCUCAACAAAACUUAAGAUCAAAGACCAGGAGAUUGACGCUGUCAGAUCCAGUGCUGUUGACUACAGUAAUGGCUCUGCCCUAACACUGGACUGCUGGCUCCUGUCUGCUGAGUCUGCCCUGCAGAGACACCUGGAUGAUUUCAUCGUUGCACAGCUUUAACUGGGAACUGUAUUGCAUCGCUUAAGGAUUUAAUUUGAAAUAAAAAUGAGGCAAAUGCUGAUUA